UUUCAACAAUGUUCUUGUUCCUACUUCUUCACUUGCUCUUUAUAUGCACACUCUUCAGUUUCUUCAACCCAUUAUUCUUCUUCAACUACACCAUCGUGAUUUAGAUUAUUCUCUUCCUUCAAUCACGAGUCUCUCUUUCAGAUUCAUUACCGUUGGUUGGAUUCCGAGGCUAAAAUAUCAAGUGUCCAUUGCAAAUUUGUAAUCGAUAAGCGACUCACAAGGUGUUAUCAUCUUGUUGACCAAAUAUAAGGAUUUGGUCUGAGUAGACAAGUUAAUCCCAAGUUUACAACAUGCCAUAUUGUGUACAGAGGCUUUAUAGGCUGUGCAAAGCAUCCUUUUCACCUGAUGGACCUGUGUCAGAAGAAGUGGUCAAAAAAGUUCGGGAGAAGUUAGAUAGAAUCAAACCAUCGGAUGUAGGUCUAGAACAAGAGGCACAAGUGGUUCGAAAUAUGUCUCGCACAGUGCUUGAACAAAACGGGAGCCAUCAUUCUUUGCCAGCUAUCAAAUACUUGCAUUUACAUGAAUGUGACUCCUUCUCUAUAGGGAUUUUUUGCAUGCCCCCGUCGUCUAUCAUUCCUCUCCAUAAUCAUCCCAGCAUGACAGUGUUGAGCAAGCUCAUAUAUGGUUCGUUAUAUGUUAGAUCCUAUGAUUGGAUUGAUGUACCUGGCUUCACCUAUUCAUCUGGAGCUAGACCUGCAAAGCUUGUAAAAGACACAGAGAUGACAGCACCAAGUCCAACAACAAUUCUUUAUCCAACAAAUGGCGGAAACAUCCAUUGUUUACGAGCCAUAACACCUUGUGCAGUCUUUGACAUAUUAUCUCCGCCUUACUCUUCAGAGGAUGGAAGACACUGCACUUACUUCCGCCAAUCACAAAGGAAAGAUCUUCCAGUUAAUCUUGAGUUGGAUGGAGUUACAGUUUCGGAAGUGACAUGGCUGGAAGAGUUUCAACCUCCUGACGACUUUGUGAUCCGGAGAGGAUUGUACAGGGGUCCGGUAAUUAGAACUUGAAAAUCUUUAUUGUUUGUUGUAUUUUACACCAUAAAAGAAAUUUCCUUCAUAUCUUUUUGGUUGCAACAAAAGGAACAGUGAUAUGUGAAGUAAUAAUACUAUUCUUUGUCUAAGUCAGUUUGACAUUUGGGUUUGUACAUAAUAAUGUAUACAGUAAAUGUAACUUGUUUGCAGACACA